AUGCGGUGGCUAGUCGCAGUCGCCACCGCGCUGACGGCGAGCGCGCAGUUGCAGUGGACCGUCUCGCCGACGUACACCGUGUGCGCGACUGCGACACUGCACCUAGGUCCGGCGCCCACUGGCUCCGACAACGCUCAACUGCAGACGGCACAGACGACACGAAACCCGGACACGGCGCCCCCGCCCGAGAUCGAGCACCCCGACGACCACGACCGGCGCAAGCGCGAGGAAGAGCGCUGGGACAUCUACGUGUACAACAUGGGCGUGCCGCAGUGGUCGUCCGUUGGCGUCGACACGGCGUCCUACUCCAUCGGCUCCGAGCUCAAGAUGCAGACAAGUGGCGCCCCGACGCCCACUGUCAACGUCGAUACGGGAGUGACGCCGACAGCGACACUGAACGGCGGCAGACCCGUCGAUGCACAGGCACCCCAGACGCAAGCACAGCCUCAGCCAUCGGACAGGCCGAGGCUCGACGGGGGUGCCUCGCAGCAGGCCGAGCAGCCGGGAGGCGAAGGCGAGGCGAGCUCAGAGCCGCAACCAACUCAGUCCUCGCAGGAGAGGCGACGGCUCCAUUCCCGCGCACUCAUCAACAUGACGCUGAUCGAGGCGUUUGGCGGCGGCGAGCUCCAGUGGCAGGUCAACGUGCCUCCGGGUCUGUAUCGCCUCGGUGCCAUCUCGACGACAAACGCCUCGAGCCGUAUAGCCUCUGAGGCUUUCGAGGUGAAGCCCGGGAAUGGAAGCGCGUGCGUACCCCAGUCGUUCCUGCCGAAGAAGGAGUCGGCGCUCGACUGGCGUGCCGUCGUCGGCAUCGUCGUCGGUGGUGUCGUUGGGAUCAUCCUGGUCGGACUGCUGAUUUGGUGGCUGAUGCGCCGGUGCAAGAAGAAACGUAGCAAGCCCCUCGACGACAACUUCUGGCACAUGUACUACCCCACCCGCAUUGCGAGCCCGAAUCCGAGUCUCCCGCCGUUCCCUAUGCCGGAUUACAGCUACUAUGGCCAAGGCAACGGCUCCUUCUCCGGCAGCGGCAGCGCGGGGUCCUUCAAGCCGCCCGUGCUCCCGUCUUCUGGCUCUGGCGGUGGGGCGCGUAGUAUCCGCUCGCUGCGGAGCCUUCGGAGCAAACCCAACCAGUCGCCGAGCGAGAAGAUGGACCUCGACAGUGCGAUCCAUGUGACGUACAACGCGUACGGACCCGGCACGACCCCUCUCGAGCGACAGGUACAGGCGUUAGUGGAGGGAAGCAAGAACGACGUAGCGCUCGAGCAGGAGCUGCGCGGUCUCUUCCGCGCAAACCAGAAGGAACACUACUCCGACCUCGAGGCUGCGGUCAUGAAACUCCUUGACCAGCCAGGGGAGAAACCUCUCGGACCGGAGAUCAAGGCGCUCUACGAAAGCGUGCUUGGUCGCCGGGCUAGUUCUGCUUACUCCGGCUUUACAGCGAGAGAGUCGCUGGAUACGCUGAGGACGCAGAGACCGGCGCCUGUCCGACCCGCGAGGCCGGCGAGCUCGCAGUUGCCUGAAGAGCUUGGACCGCAAGUCCAGCUGCCCGCCCAUCUCAGCCCUGCCGCCAGCGCCAAUACACUCCUGGGUAGGAUCGGCUGGAGGAGGUCGCAGCAGCAGGAGGUCAUGCGCGCCGAGGUUAUGCGGAGCCCGGAUGGGGAGAAGGAGCAGAGGGUCUACCACCACCUCAACUACAACAACUACUGA